AUGGCCCAACAGACGCUCUCCAUGCAGGCCAGGACUGGUCGGAGCAACCAGCGCUACGGCAGCAACGGCGAGCGCCUUGUCGCAGGUGUCGUGCCACUGUCCGCCGACAAGUACUACGUCCUCCUGAUCCAAUCCAACCGCAACAACAACUGGGUCCUCCCCAAGGGCGGCUGGGAGACCGAUGAAGCCACCGCCCAAGACGCCGCCUGUCGCGAGGCCUGGGAAGAAGCUGGUAUCAUUUGCACCAUCACCUACGAUCUCGGCUUCAUCGACGAGAAGCGCAAACCCGAACAGCUCACAAAGGACGCGCCACGCGCCAGCUACCACUUCUUCGAGGCCACUGUUGAGAAGAUGGAGAAGGAAUGGCCCGAGUCUCACAAGCGGAAUCGCAAGUGGUGCACCUACGCCGAGGCUGCCCAAGCAUUGAAAGACCGCCCGGAGCUGCUCGCAGCGCUCAACAAAUGCACGAUGCAGCGGUAG